GGAAAACGUGCAAAGGAAGUUACUUUAAAUGACUAACCAGGCAUCAUAAAACCCUAACCCUGAUUCUAUUAACAGCCAAUCAAAACCCAGCUUUCAUACGGUUUUCUUCUUUCUCUGAGGAUCAAAGAAAAAACCCUCAAAGAGGAAAAAGAAAGAAAGAAACAAUGAAGACUGUUGCUGCUUUUUUGUUGGCUGUUUUGGGUGGCAACAAUAGCCCUUCUGCUGAAGAUAUCAAGAAGAUUCUUGCCUCUGUUGGUGCUGAAGCUGAUGAUAAGAUUGAGCUACUCUUGUCUCAAGUUAAGGAUAGGGAUAUAACUGAGCUUCUUGCUGUUGGAAGGGAGAAAUUAGCUUCCGUGCCUUGUGGCGGCGGCGAACAUGUUGCAGCGGCUGCUCCAGUUGAUGGCGCUGCUGCUCCUGCUGCUGAGACAAAAGAGGAGAAGGUAGAAGAGAAAGAGGAUACAGAUGAUGAUCUGGGCUUCAGUCUCUUUGAUUGAGGAACCAUGAUAUCAGAAAAACUUUAUUCUUCAGAUCAGCUGUAGUACAGCUUUAGAACAUUACUUCUACAGGAUGCAGGUUAUGAGUACUUCCUUUUUUGAGACUAGAAAACCCUAGAUGUGCUAGAAAAAUCUGAGAUUUUAACUGUGGAUUGUGAUUUUUUCCUUUUUUUCGUUAUCUUUUUAUCAAAGAUUCAAAUUUCGGUUGAGGUAUA